AUGGAAGGAGAAAGAUUUUUCUUGCGUUUGUUGUUGGAUCAUGUUAAAGGCUCCGAAUCAUUUGAGCAGUUACAAACUGUGAAUGGAAUUGUCUAUCCUACUUUUAGACAAGUAGCUGAAAAACUAGGUCUUAUGGAGAAUGAUGCAAGCAUUCGUGAUUGUUUGCAUGAAGCAUCAAACUCUAAAAUGCCAUCGUCAUUGAGAAGAUUAUUUGUCACGUUCUUGGUUUAUUGUAAACAAACUGGGGUUCGAUCUCUAUGGGAUGAAUUUUAUCAUUACAUGGCUGAAGACUACUUCUAUUCAACUUCAACAAAUCCAGAUCCGGUACAUGAUUCAAUUCUCUAUGACAUAAAUUGCAUGUUAAAACAAUUAGGAAAGAGUGUCAAUGACUUCGACUUACCUAAAAUAAACAUGCAAAUGGAUGGAAACACAGAAGUAGCUAGAGCCAUACAUGAUGAAUUAUCAACACUAGUGCUCUCUGAAGAUGUGCAUUAUGGUCCAGGUGGGACAGGUAAGACUUAUCUAUAUCAGGCCAUUCUUGCAACAGUCAAGCUUAGAGGGAAAUUUAGAUUACCAGUAGCCAGCUCAGGUUUUGCUGCCACACUAUUGUAUCGAGGAAAAACUGCUCAUAAAACUCUUGGUAUUCCGGUUACGCUGCGUGCUUCGUCAACUUGGAAGUUUAGUAAACAAGAUGUAGAGGGGAAAUUGGUCCAGUAUGCUGCUGUCAUAAUAUGGGAUGAAGCAACAAUGACUCAUCAACAUACGUAUGAAGUGAUUGAUCAUAAUUUAAGAUAUCUAACAGGGGUUGAUGUUCCAUUUGGCGGCAAGGUUAUAGUGUUUGGUGGAGAUUUUAGACAAAUUUUACCUGUUGUACCAAAAGGAACAAAGGCUCAAACUAUAGAUGCAUGUUUGAUUGGAGAUGGAUGUGAGCCUACAGUUAAUGAAGACAUGAUAAAGUUACCAGCUUCAAUAUGUGUAGGAAAUGGUGAUCAAAUUUCAGUUGAUAAUCUAAUCGAUCAAAUAUUCCCAAACCUAACUGAGCACGUAGGUGAUGUUUCAUACAUGGUAAAAAGAGCAAUAAUAACUCCAACAAAUGACAAAGUUGACAUGCUGAUUGAGAAGAUACUUAAAGAGUUCGUCGGAGAAGAAAAAAUCUACUACUCAUGUGACUCUGUUCUAGAAGAUCAUCAAAAUCUCUAUCAGCAGGAGUUCUUGAAUUCAUUAUCCUUUGGUGGUUUGCCACCACAUAUUCUAAGGUUGAAAGUUGGUUCACUAAUCAUGCUUCUGAGAAAUAUUGACACGAGUAGCGGAUUGUGUAAUGGGACAUGGUUAAUAUGUUGUCAGUUAAGGGAUCAUGUGAUUGAGGCUAAAAUAUUGACCGAAAGUUACAAAGGGACACGAUUAUUCAUUCCACGUAUUCCUUAA